AUGUCUAAAAAUGCAACUCCAUUGAAUAGAGUUCUACCGUCAAGAAGCUCGGAUAAGACAUGCAGUAAAUACUACAGUAGAGACUGUCCUGGAACACAUUCUGGAAAGUACAGGGCGACUACGUUGUGGAAUAAUAUUGUGCGUCACUUUCGCGAUGAGAUGCCCAUCAAAAGACAUCGUCGUCAACUUACCUAUUAUGAAGCUUCCUUCACUGGAAAAGAAGCAGUUGAUUUCUUAAUGGUGCUGUUACCGCGACUUAUUUUCGAAGGUCGCGAAGUUGACAGAUCAAACUGCAUCACAUUACUUCAAAAGUUUGUGGAUCAAGGUUUCAUAAAAAAGGCAAGACCAAAUCCGAGUGAGAAGGAUGUCUUUCGAGAUAAUGCUUCUCUAUACGUGUUUGUCGACGACUGUGCUUUAUUUGGAAUAUCACGCACACCUCGUCUAGUGCGGACAAGUUCAUGCCACGACGAAUCACAUCGACAAUCUCGCACACCUCCUAAAUUAAGUCCGUGUUAUUCUUCUCAAUCUCCUUGUGAGUUCGCAUAUCGGAAAGUUCUCUCGCCGCAUCCAAGUGGAUUCAGCAGGAGGAUGUCGAGUUCUCAUGGAAAUCUUCUCUCGCUACUACCUCCUUCGAAUAAGUUGUGUGAUUCUGCCGAUUCCAUAGCAGAAACUAUCGAUAGCAGAAGGGUCGAGGUGAACUUCAAUUUGCGAGUUUCACCACACAAGGAUUGCAGUACUCCCGUAGUCGAGCCGCGCAGAGUAAAGGGUAGAAAGAAAAAUAGAUCUCCGCAUGUAAAAGAAGCUCCGAAGUCAUUAUCGAAGGAGCUUGAUAGAAUUAAAGAUGAAGGAGCGUAUGAAUGGCUGAGUUUUGUACGAAGGAAGAGGCCAGAACAGCCAAAGAAAAAUAAGAAAGCGCAAUGGAACUCCGCUCUACCGAGCUCUCCAAACGUUGGUAACGAGAACAGACCUGAAUUUGAAGAUUUGCUGGACCAUAAUGAAAGAGCGAGUACAGCAAAGUUAAAUAUUCAAGCUGCAGAUAAUAUUUAUGCACGUUUGCAGGUCACUCAAAGGCGUUUGACAGAAGUGGACCUUUGGUCUGUAUGGAGAAACUGUUUAUUAGCAAGGUUACGGCGUAUACUGAAUGUGGAAGAUUUAUCGUUCAUCACGUGGGAAGUUGUAGGUCAAAAUGUCAAGUGGAACUGUCAGCGAAUUGGUUCAAGCGGUGUUGUCAAGGCGCGCACUGAUCGAGAAGAUUUCUCCGGGUUCAUAACACGACUCAUGCGAUAUCUCGAGCAGUUUCCUUUCCCAUCGGGUUCUGCUAACGUUAUUAUCUAUAAGGAAAAUCAAGAGGUGAAUGUUUUCAAAACUGUGUGCUCACGUUUAUCUCGUGAAGAUCCAGCGUUGUCUUAUGCAGAGACAUUAGCUCUAAUUCAUGUACUUUCUUGCUGUAGUGCAAGGAAAGCAAAUGUUUGUGAAGAAAAUAAACACGUAACUAAUCAUCGUUCUUCUCUUCAUAUUGAAACGGAAUUUACCGAAGAUGCUCCUCGUAGUCGUGUGGUUCCACGUUGCUUGUCUACCACGUUGACGCAUCGAAUUUGCUCAUCGUCAUCUACAAAUUCGAGUAUUUCCUCUCUUGGUGAACACAUAGGGGUAGUUAAAGCAAAUAACGAACCAAGUUUCAAAGAUGAUCGAAGAGUUCUGCAAACUUUGCAGGAGGACUUAUCUAGCAGCACCAACAUUUCUUGUAUAUACGGACCUGCUGCAGGAAGAGGCCAUGAGGAACAGCGUAAUAAAUGCCUCUGGAAAGAAUUUCCAGAAGAUGUGGAUAUUUUGAAACUUCCUGGACUGAGAAGAGCAGGAAUUACAAAAGAACUUGACGAAUUUUCUUCAAUAUCCCGAUCCGUUGAUCAAUUGAGUGAUAGGCUUUCUGCUACGUUGUGUUGGACAGACUCUGUUGACCUUCCGGAUUUCGCUGAGCCAACUUCGGAGCACCCACAGUACUCUCUUGAUUGUUCUUCAAGUGCCUCCUCAUACAAAACAGCAAACCUUCCAACAGUAAAAGCAGAUUUAAACGAUCGUUCUCUCCAACCUUCCUCCGUACUACUAGAAGCUCUCUCACUUAUUCUGCUUUCUCUGCCUCCUCCACGAAGACGGCGAUUACAUCAUCUCAUAAGAUUUAUGAACAAGAUUGCUGCGAAUCACUGCUUACGACUAGACAAUCAACACUCCAAUCGAUAUGCGGUAUUAAAGGGGUUAUCCCAAAGCAUAGUUCCUAUGGGAACACGAUGUUCGCAGCUUCUUCCUUCACAGUGUUUGCAUUUGGUGACCGUUCUUGUUGAUUAUGAACAUGAGAUUUUUUCUGUCCCGGACGGCCUUUUGUCUGAUAUCGAUUCUGCUGUACGGGAGUUACGACGAGAAAAGGAUCUCACGCAGGUGAUUCCAACUGAGGAGCGUGCAGUAAGCACAUCAACACCAUUAAAGGACACUGUGCAAUUCUCCAAUCCGAUGCAAGCCAAAAAUCCCGACCAAAUGAGACAUCUUAAUGAGAAUCUUCUUGAACUACUGGAUCAAAUCUGCAUUGACGAAAACUUGAGUAUUAAUGGGAAACGAAAAAGACUAAAGAAGUUCAAGAGGACAUAUCCUACUGUCUACGCCCAACGAUUUCCAUCUCCUGAACUAACAGAACCGAAAAGGAGAGAAAGAGAAAACCGUUUCCUUUCAAAACUGUUUGGACGGUGA